GCGCUUUUCGGCGGCGGGCCGAGCGGGGCCGAGCUCGGCCGAGCGCUUCCGAGCGUGUUCCCCGGGCGGAAUCGAGCGCUUCCGAACCGCUUCCGAUGGUGCCCGAAGUGUCCCGAGUCUUUCGAGGCCUCGUCCGAGGGCUAGCGAUGGUUCCCGACGAGCGGGGCCCGCGUUUCCUGCCGGCUGGCCAAUCCCAAAGCAGGAGGCAGCCGAGCCCGGCCGAGUCCGUAGGCGCGCGGCCCGAAGCGAUACCUGACAGAUCGGGUGGGGAACCCGAGCGCGCCCGAACAGGGCCGAGUCCCCGAGCGGUCCGGCCCAGAGGGUCGAAGAAUCCCGAGCUCGUUCCGGUCUUUUCCGAUCUUGCCCGAAGGCGGGUGAGGCGGACGCGAGGAAAGCCGAGCUGUGCCGAGUCCUCUCCGAUCGCGCCCGAAUUCCCCUUCGCCGGCCCGAACGGAGACGCCCGAACGGGCAGUGCCCGAAUCCGCCCGAACGCGACCGAACCGGGCCGAGCGCUCCGAUCGCACCCGAAGGCAGGAGGGGCGGGGGUAGGGCAGCCAGCUCCGCCCAAGCGCACAGACGAACGGUCGCGGCGCGGAGCCUGCCGGGACGCUGGAGGACUGGGAGGGGGGGCGGCGCGCCAAAAUGGCCGCUGUGAGGCGAGAUCUGCAUCAGUUAUGUCAUCUGUUCCUCUACAGCUUCUGUUUUAUGUAAAUGGCAUUUAUUUCAUCUUUUACUUCUUGGCAACUCUCGCAAUGGUGCUUUAUAAAAGUCAAGUUUUCAGCUAUCCAGAUGAUUUUUUGACUCUUGAUCUUACCCUGCUUUUCAUUAUGGCCAUUGUGGAAGUGCUGCGGUUGUACCUGGGUUCAAGGGGGAACCUGACAGAAGAAGAGGGUCCAUUGGGGCUCAGCCUUGUGAUGACAGUGGGAAGUGUGUUUCUGGCUGUGUAUUUCCUGGUGUGGCAAACCUACAUACUGAAAGCAGACGUCAUCCUCAACGCUGUCCUGCUCCUCUCCUACGGGAUGGAGUCAAUUCUCAAGGUCUCGGCCAUCGCUGCUUUUAUCAGAUAAACCUACAGGUCUUCAACGUGUUAUCAACACAUUUCUAAUAUAAAAGAUUGGGGUUAUAGUUCAUCUAUUUAAUACUUUCACAUAAAAAAAUCCUGUAAAACUUUCCUGUGUUUAAAGUACAGGUUUUUGAGGGGCAGACCUGAGUGACGGGUAACACAUCCUGUCCAGCAGCUGGGUUACGUUCUCUGAUCUGUCAGCUGAUGGGCAAAGGCAAGAGGUGAUUCAGCAAAACCUCUUAAUGCCCUGGUAUUCCUCAGGGAUAUCCACACUCACUAUUCAUUCCCAACACAUAACAGCAGCCAGGGCAUCAUCUGAGCACUGUUGAGAUGCUCAGAUCACAGCACCUACACCCAGAGUGACACAGAAAUGAAUGAGGGCGACACAGCACGGGCUCAUUUCUGCCGUACCCGCACCACGUUCGUGUUUGAGGGCACGGUUUCUCUGCUGCUCUCAUUUGUGUUUUCAGACUCCAGUGGUAAUUUCCCUGACUUUACUAGGGCAGAACCUGGUUUAUCCCUGUGGGAAGGAGUUGAAUUGAGUUUUGUGUGCAGCCAGAGAGCUGAGCUGCAGGGUUUGGGCAGCUGGAGAGACCAAAGGCCUCUGGAGCAUGAGGGUAUGUUAGUUUAACUAGGAUGGCCUUAAGGUGAGCCUAAACAUUCACCACUCACUCACUUUUCUGUCCUACUUAAAAGUUCCAACAGGAGUAUUUCUAUUUGAUGUUAAAUGUGUUUAUCCUAUUAAAUGACUACAUUUAAGUCUUGUCUUUUAAAUGCAGAGCUGUGUUGAAGCUCAGAGUUUUUAUUGUAUCAAACCCCUGUGUUAAUGGGAAGUUUGGGGUGUUUGGGGGGGAGUUGUACAAGCAGGUUUUAUAUUUGGAAGUUCUUGUAUUUAUUUGUUCAAAUAAAUAAAGUUUUGGAUCUAA